AUGUCACCACAGCAGUCGGGAAAUUUAGGCUGUUUUAGUGGCGCGACGCCAAAACGGCAUUCGAGAGACGAUAGAUGCCAUCAUUUACGAACUGAAUUUCUGCAGUUAGUUUCCGGAGGUAGUAAUGUGAUGUCUAGUGCGAGAUGUCGAAGUCGGAGAUCGUUUUUAAAUCGGCCAAGCUCGGAAGAGGCCUACCCUCUGUGCAAUCGCCCACAUUCGUAUUCGGAGCCGAUGUGUCUAAGCGCUGGUUUAUCACCCGUAACUAAAACACCAGUCACAUGUAAGAGCUCACCAUACCUGGGGUUUUUUGAGACAGGAGAUCCUGUGAAACCGUGUAGCACUCCUCAAAGUUUGAAGAAGAAGAAGUGUGGGUCUCGUCCACGGCAGCUUCAAAGUCCGGAUUCAUUGAAAGCGUUAGCUGAUAGGUUCGCGAGUUCGAGGUAUAGCGACUCUCCUAAGGCAAAACAGCUUCCAUUGCCUCCGGUGCACUGGAUCAAUGACGGAUCUUCUCUAGACCAUUUUAAUGACCGGUUGAGCGUAUCGAGUUCGUCAAAUCGCGGGUCGCCAGAUUUCUUCGGCACUUCAUUUUCAUCUCAAUAUUCUGAAGAUUCUUGUAGUUUGAGUCAUUCGCCGGAGUUGAUGUUAGACGGCACACAUGCUUGUCGUGCGACGCCAGUGCAUAUGAAUGCUCUUCAGCUGAUUGAAGCUGUCUCAGCAUCGUAG